UGCCAUGGGGGAAGGCUGUGUUGGCACUCACUUGCAAUCGCUCGGGGCCGCGCGCCGGCAACGACGACGACGACGGCACUCAACCUCCAUCAGUCCAGUUCGCGUCGUGUUCCGUUUAUUUCGCAUCGAGACGCUAUCGAAGCUGGACGUGUGUUUUCCAUCGUGUGGCCCGUCGUCGCGUUGGAUCGCGUGUGUUUCGUUGUGGUUGGCGGUGAGCAUUUGAGCAGCAGCGGUAGUGUUGUUGGUGAACUUGGUGUUAUCGUACAAUCAGAUGGAUAAUACUGUUGUUGAACGUGAUUUUCGGCAGAUACUGAGCCAUCGCUGCAGCGCUUCGGACGUUGUUUCGGGUUUACUUGGGAAACUGGAAGAUCUUGGUGGCUAAUGAAUUUUAAUGGUCGGUGCUUCUCCGAAGAAGGAAGGAAACGUUAGGAAUUGCGCAAGUUUAUGGGGAAAUCGAAAAUUUGAUGGCUUUUCGCAGAAGUGCGGUGUGUACGAAUUCGCAAAUACGAGGGUGAAACGCUCUGAGGUGUUGAGUGAUACGAGUAAAUCCUGGGGUCCGCGCGCGGUCCAAUCUCCGGUUAGGAAGGAAGAAACUUGAAAGAAGAAAUCGAGUCGUCUGUUCUGAAGCCGUUCGUUGCGCGGUGAAGAGGUGGAUACUUUAUAGUGGUUCCGAGUUCAGCCGGAGGCAAACGAGAACGUAAGAGAUUUGGUCCAAUCUGUGAACUGCGCUGGUGCCAAAGAAGCAGGAAAAAGGUGCAAAGGCGAAAACAUACGGAAUUUGUACUUGGCCAUAUGAGUUGUGUAUGUGUUUAUGGUGGAACGAAUGUGGUGUGUGGAGUUGCAGCAGAAAAGAAAGACACCGUUACCAAUCGACCCCAGCAAUUCCUGUAGGUUCCCAGAAGCGUUGGCGUGUGAUAGCUAGCUACAAAAGAAGCGGCCAGCUUUGUGGAUUGUAAUUCAAUUUUAAGAUUCGUGUCGCUGUUAAACGAAAGGUCAUCUUCGGUUCCUAAAAGUUAACACUCCUGUGGAUACAUGUGUGGAGGUUCUGCUAGUUCAGUGUUGACAUUUAACAACCAAGUGAACCUCAAGUGAGAAGUUAUCUAAUCCCCACGGUUGAAGUUUGGUCUUGUGUGAAUUCGAACGGCCGACUCUCGUGCAGCUUUAUUACGAUCGGUUUCAAUUAUUCAAUAAAACCAUACCUAAACGGCAACUAAAAGUUUUUAUAUCUCUCCGGUCACAAUCGACUGAACCCCGUUCCGUGCAGAGGUGUCGAGAAGCAAUUUGGUCAGGAAGAAAAGUGCUGUCCGACGAAUUCCGGUGUAAGUGUUUUGUGGUGCUCAGUGGUUGAUCUGCAAGCUAAGCGAGCAAAAAGGGAGUUUCACUUUGAUUAUAUUUUGAAUUUAUUGAAUUAUACAUCGCCGUGCGCACAUAUUUUCCACCUCAGUCUCGUGGUCAGCAGUGCCUUACCUUUCAUCCAUCGUCAGUGGUGCGCGAAAAUAACAGUCAGUGUUGGAGAAAAAGGCAAACUCGACUCGACUCGACGACUGUUGUUUGUGCCCAAUUUAUUAAACUAGGGCUUAUUUUGGACUAUCAUACACACUCCAAACUGCACCACCAUUCCGCGCCGCCCGGGAGGAGAGGGUGUGUUGGAUAACUCUCGUUCAGGUGCUGCUGCUGCUGCUGCUGCUGCUUGUCAACGAUCAAUUCGACGCGGUUUGUGAGUAGCAGCGCAUUCCAACGAGUACCUAGCAGCUAAGAGAUCGAGGAUAUAUUAAUACAUAAAGAAAUGAUUUACUGAGUCCGGAUUGCCCUCCCCCGAAUGUGAGGAAAAACACAGCCUGAACACAGAUUGAAGAUACAAUGUAUCAAUCGUGAUCGGCUGGCUCCAACUGUGAAAAAGAUCCUACCAUGGCCGACGCCCUGAAGCUGGCUGACAUGCAACGGGCCAGCGUCGAGUUCGAGCGGCAGCGCCACCUGGCCAAUUGGCUAAUCGAAUCCAGCCCGCACAUGCCAAAACCAACACCGCAACAGCAGAAGCAGCUGCAGCAGCAACUCGGUAAAAAAGGGAAAUUCAAGCAGAAUCCAAUGUUCUUUCUGGCGAAAAUCGGCCACAACAUGAACAUUGCCAGCAGCAACAAUCCACCCCCACUCGGUACCAAUUUGAUCAGCAGCAAUUCGAUAGCGUCGACCUUCAACUCGCAAACCAACCUGCCACUGGCGAUCGUGUCCUCAUCCGGCCGUGAUGGCCACAAGCCCAAGCUAAGGCGAUUCAAUUCGCACGACACCAGCGCCAACAUGUUCUCUGUGGCCGAAUUUGAAAAUGCCCGCCUAGCGCGAAGAAACGAAAUCGAAAGCGCCGCCCUGCUGAGGCAACGGCAACGAUACAAGCUGAACUCCCUUUCGUCCGGUGGAGACUGCUCCACUGGAGAGAGCAAGGGUUCCAAGCUCAGCAGCGAAUCGACCUCGGAGCCACUGCUGGCCGAGCAAUUUCUGGAGAAGUUUUCGCUCCCGCGUGUGGUACGACUAUCGUACACGUCGGAUGGAGCCAGCGGAAGCAGUUCCGGAGACCAAACGAUGACCUCGUCCAGUUCGGCCGAAUCGACUAGCACGUCAGAGAGGAAAAAGAAGAAGAAAUCUGCCGCUUCGAGUCCUUCGAAUGGGGAGCUCUUUCUGCUGUACCGGCUUAUGCGUAGCUUCAAGAUCUACCAUGUGUUCAACACAAAGUCGGGGAAUAAUCGAAAGAAGGGAUACAAGAUACCACAGGAUUAUCCCGGAUAUUUCUCAUUUCUCAAUGAGAAAGGAGCUCAAACGGCUGUCGUCUACACCACCAUCGUUCAACUGGUCCGAGAACGCGUGUAUAAAUUUCUUUCGUUGGAAAACAUUUCUGCCUACACCGAAUCCCAUGGUAAGCGUACCCUUAACAAUCCUCAAUACACUAGUCUAAAUAUGUGCAUGCCUUCUUCUACAGACAAUUUCAACCACAAAACGCAUUACGUCAAAGCAACAGCCAAGGCAGGCCAAGUCUACCGUUUGCUAGCCGUAUUCCAGGACGGAGACCACAAGUCAGCAUCUAGUCAAAAGGACACCGCAUCCGUGAGCGGAAACGUCGGCAGUGCAGAGAAGGAACGUGGCAAGUACGCCCAGCUGCUGGGAGAUAAUAGACAGAUAUACUACGUCUCGUUAUCGGCGAAAGGGAAGUUUUACGAAAUCGAACAGCAUACGGCUCCAGUGCUGCAGAAAAGCAGCAGCCUUGGGCAUCCGAACAGUAGCAGCAAAGCGCCGAAGCAACUCAACAGGGAGUGCGUACAUCGAAUCGGAUUCAUCAUGCAAUCGGAGGUCAACAUGCCGUUGAAUCUAAAAUUGAUAGCCAGUAUGAACGCCAGCACCGGUGGCACCCAGAAUAGCGUACCCGAAUACAUCACAAUCGCCAAAAUCAGCAACGAAAAUUUCAUCGUGGCGUGUCCACUUGAUGAACAGGACCUAACGUCAUCGCUCAUCCUAACCAAGUUACACCUAACUCCACAGAUGAAGUUCACAAAAUGCUCGCUUGGAUUCGAUAACGAACAACGAAUGUUCCUCAACGGAAACGUCCAGACGGUUCUCAAGUUCUGCCAAUUCAACUGCGACAACUUCACCCGAGUGGUUGACAACGACACCAACUGGGUUGAGCUUCAGCAGAUGAUCAAUGCCGUCCAACAACAGCAACAACAGCAGUCGUCGAAUAGCUUGAAUCAUCUGUCUAUUUCCUUUAAUGGCAGUGGCUCUGGUCCGAAGAGCGAAGUCCUCAAAAGACUCAAACUAACUCGAUUGUUCGGCAGCAGCGAUCGAGGCCAGAACUCCUCUUCUGGACACGAAAAAGAGGACUCGAUCAUAUUUUUUAGUAAAAAUGAUCUGGAGAACCUCGAAUGUGGUCAACCGCCGGAACAACGGCACGAACCGGAACAACAGCCGAUGUCCUUGGCAUCCGGGAUGAGCGAUAAAAUGAAGGUAUUUACUCCAAGCAAGAAAAAAUGGUUCAAAGGAUUCCGAUCGCACGAGAGUUCAGGGCAGGAAACAACGAUUGAUGAACAGGAUAAGAAACAAGCCAGUAUCGAUCGUUACCAGGACAUGUCCCGAUUGAUACAAGAAAGAUUUGGUGAGAUCGACAUCAGUGGCACCAUCGUGAGUAGAGCUAACUCCGAUAUUGGCUUCGAUGAUGGAAUUAGUGGAAAUCCGGGCGAAACAAGCGGCGGAAGCGGAUUGCAAAAGUGUCUAUCACUGCAGCACAUCGAUUUGAAAGGUGGCAGCAGUAGCAUGGAUAUACGGAACAAGGAAAAACCUGAUCUCGUGAACCACCUGAACAUGCUCGAAAGAAACAAUUCGGAGGAAAUUCUUUCUGACUCGGAAGAUACGAUUUUCUUCCCAAUUAGAAGCAGCGCGAAACAACAAUCUUUCAUGACGGAAAAGCUCUAUAGCGAGUUCCACGUGAAAACUAAGCAGCACAGCAAAUCACACUCCAGUAUACAACACUUGCUGAACCUGGCCAGUCCACAGCGGCUAAGCGACAGCAAAAACAAAUCCAAGGCAAAUGACAAGAAGCGAUCAGAGAUCAUAUUGUCGUUCGAAGACCUCCAGAGUCUCAACAGGGAAGAAGAACCCGCCGAAAGCUCACAUCGAACUCAAUGGAGUCUACUGGAUGAUCUUCCUUAUAGCAACGUUCGAGAUUCAAUCGUCAUGCAAGAGCCGGAACGCCGAACUCCAUCGGAAAGCAUCUACGCCGAAAUAUGCGCCACCGAUAGUCCUGGUGCAUCACCGUCCGUAUCGCCCCAGAAACAACCGCCAGUUUUUCCUGCUGCUCAACAUGCACCGCCGAGACCGGAAAAACGAUUUACAAGCAUUCGCAUCAAUGUUCCCUCUAGCGAUUUGUCGUGCCAAAUCGUUAGUCACAAUCCGGCUGGCAAUCGUUGUGCGUCCAAUGUUGCUAGUCCCGUAGAAGACAACAUUUACAAUACCAUAAAAUAGCGAACCCAUCAUGGUUGCCAGCAGAUCGCAAUAAUCAUUCACCAUUAUGUGUAUAUUCGUCAUAGCGCUCCUUACAGUGUACUGAAGACAUUGUUCACGCAGUGAUUUCCUCCGAUAAAAUGUGGCUACUGAAUUGAUUGGAUUAGGAAAAUGUCUUUGAACAUAGAGUUCAUAUUUUAUGGCGAAAAAUCGCUGUCUCAACAAUGCUUCAAUACACAGUUAAUCUUGUUAGAAACGCUCAACAUACGUGCCUUUAAAACUUCCUCUGAGUUCUUAACCUCUAGACAGCAAUCAAUAUCGAUCAAAUUGCUUAUAAAGCUCUCGAAAUUAUAAAAUCAUCUAAAGAUAGAAUCUUAUGUUUACUAGAAUUUAGUAACUUUGAACAGGGAUAGUGAAGAGAGGAAGAAAACAACGGCGACCAAAGUAUUACCGGAACAUGUGAUAAAAAAAACGCAUAAAAGCAAUGACUAUACUAAUUUAGAUUAUAUCUUGAGUUGAGAAUUAACAAAUAAAAAUGCACUGUUUAUUACCCCAUGAUUAGCACUAUCGAAUGUGAUUCCAAUCAUCAAAUCACUCCGAGAAUUUUAAACUACACUCAGUGUACCCUAUUAAAUGCCGUCAUCGACCAGAUGACUAAGUUAAUCCAAGUCGCUCAUUUAGGCAAUUGAAUUCGAAGCAAUAUCCCCUCUAUUAAUCGUAACAUAGGACUACCUACAUCCCAAAUCGAUGUGGAUAAUGUUAAGCACUACCAUUGUCGAAUAAGCGAUAUAUAAAUAGUAUUUAAAUAAAAAAAACGAUGCAAAAAAGUAUCCCA